UAACCUCACGUCUGACGGAGAGGUCAAGGUCUACGUCAUGGUUCCAUGAAAACUCCCAAACAAGCCUAUGGUCAUAAUGCGUAGUUUCCCGUGUACCUUAUAAAGACAUGUUUAAUGAAUUCAGGGUUUUCCUAACAAAGUCCUGGAAAUAACAUCAUCACUAGAUGAAGAAUGAAAACUUUAUGUACGAUCAUAGAAUAUACUUUGAGGAUAGUUAGAAGCAGUUGAUCAAACAACAUAUUUUGUAUAUCCUUUACUUAUGUAAACAUAAUUCUGUUUUUAAGCUGGGAAGUUACACAUUAUGAAAGAGCAGGAUAUAGAAUCCAAAUCAGAAGAAGCCCCUGUGUUGGAAGUUAUUUGCAACCAAGGCAACGGUGAUGUUGACCCUAAUUAUGUACCUUACUGGAUGAGAUCAUUGACACCGGACAUGAGUUAUUUGCUGAGUGAUAACAAGUAUCCCUCACGAACGUCUACACGGCCGGAUUGUUCCUUAUUUCACGAGUUCGACUCUUCAUCCGACAACGACGAGGAAAUAUGGACAGAGAGCUCUCCGAUACUAAAAGAGGAGGGAGCUGACACCGAGAUCUUAGAACUCCGUAUAGUCAAGGAGGACGAAGAGACGCACACUAAAACGGUGACGCCAACUAAAGACGAUAACAUGAUAGUUAUCCCCCCAGUAUGGAGGUUCAUCCAGGGAACACUGAUUGUUCUAAUCAUAGCCCUAGUCAGCUUUCUGCUCAUACGGUUCAUCAAACGGCCUUGGGAAGACUCUGUACCAGUCACGCACCACGAGAUCCAUGCAACGUGACAGCUUGUGAUUUGUUUUAAUUUUCAUGAAUAUUAUCAAUAUUGUUAAAAAUGCCUUAACCAAAGACAGUUUUAAACAAAAAGUAUUUCCCUUUGUAUAUAUAUUAAAUGAUGAUUGCUGAAGUUUAGAAAGGGCCUGAUAGAUGCAGAAUAAAAUCUGUGAAUACUGUAUAUGUAUUAAUUCAUAAUUGAUUGAUCAUUUACCCCUGCAAUUACAUAAUAAACUAUUCCAACCUUUGAAUUGGAAGAGUUCAAAUGUGUAUUCAGGGGUGAAUGAUCACCAGGAUAACGACGAAAGAAAGCACAGAGUUGAAAUUUAGUUAAUCCGUAGAGAAAGCCACCCACCCUUACCCUACUAAAAAGUUUGUUUACCUAAACCAAUUGGACAUUUAGGGUUGAUCACUGGUACUAAACGCCAAGUCUUUACAGCCAUGCGUAAGAUGUUCCGAAAUACAAUUCACUUGACGAUCGCAUCUUUCAAUCAAAAUUUUGAGGCGUCGGUAUAAUCAAAGAUAUGUCUUUAAUUACUAUUUAAAGUUGAAAGCGUAUAAAACCCCAGAGAUCAGGGGUGAUCUGAUGUGUUUUUGUCCAAUAGGUAUUAUAGUUUCACACAUUUGUGUGAAAAAGAGUCAGUUGUGUGAACGGGUAUUUUGAUUUUGUUUUUUGUUGAAAAGGUGUUUAGUGCAAAAUAUUAUAAAAUUAACCUAUAAAACUAACUUUCGUUUCGUUAUUGUUAACUUCUAUAUCGGAGAAUUCCGUGCAGUUGGGGGAAUUGUGAUCAGUUUCCAUGAAAUGCCUUCUAACUUUCAAUAUUUCAUGAGUAUUGGAGAAGUUUUUUCUAAAAAGUUCCUUCUAUGUACCAAUGCUCAGUUCGGACAAAUUACAUAUGGAAACAUUAAACCUGACUGUUAAUGCAUGUCUAAACCAAAAUCCUGUAAUUUAUGGAAUAUAUUUUAUCACUUUAUCUACAGACGUUUAACCACUAUUGUAUAUAUCUUGUUUAUCACUUUAUCUACAGACGUUUAACCACUAUUGUAUAUAUCUUGUUUAGUACUUGCUUAUAUCUCUUAUAUUUCAUCAUUGUUAACUUAACAUUUUAUCAAAUUCAGUUAAUUCUGAUAUUCAUUUUUUAAUUUUAUAAUUUCAUCUAGUCGGACUCCGUUGCUAUUACAGCCAUUGAUCAGAGUUUAUUUAAUUAAAUGAUUAUGUGAUAUGAUUUUACUUCAAUUAUACGAUUAUGUGUUAACAUCGAGAAUUGCACCGAUGAUAAUGUUUCCAUGUUUAACGACUUCGAUCAUGAGUCUAAGAAAAUGAAGUAGUCUAACAAAAUAACAUCAAUGACUCAUAUGAUAGUAUUAAGAAUGACGUCAAUAGAUGCUGUAUAAGUUUCAAUGACGUCAAUGAUUAUUGUUAAAUGAUUUUUGUAAAAAUAUUGAAAAUAACAUCAAUGACUCAUAUGAUAGUAUUGAGAUUGACGUCAAUAGAUGUUGUAUAAGUUUCAAUGACGUCAAUGAUUAUUGUUAAAGUAUUAAUAAUGACGUCAAUGAUUAUUGUUAAAGUAUUGAGAAUGGCGUCAAUAAUUAUUAUGACAGCAUGAUAAUAACGUUGAUAACCAUGGGAAAGAAAUCGGUAAUAACGUCAAUGUUUAUGAAGUCAUCGGAAGUGAUGUCGGUGCUAUGUAAGCGCAAUGUAAAACUGUACAGGUCGUAAACGAUAAAGUGAUAACAUUGUGAAUGAAGUCUAUGAUCAUAUGAUGGUGCUGUGUUCUUAACAACAUAGAAGAUAACAAUGAAAAUUGCUAAAUCUAUGUACAUAAUUAUGAAAACGAUUGUUUGACUAGUAUUAUUGUUAUGUUUACGUUAUGAUUUAUCAUUAAACUAUAUAGUUAUGAUUGAUCAGUGUUUAUUUUAUUUUCGUUAAUUUCAAUAUCUAACUCGUUUUUCUUUAAGGUCCUUUUCGAUAUUAUGAUACACAUCGUACCACUUUAUUUUCUAAACCAUCACACGACAGCCCUCUUCAAUGAAAUCUCUAUACCUAAAAUAUAAAU